AUGUCGUCAGUAAGAUGUGAUCUUUGCAAUGUUCAUUUAUCUUCUCAUGCAGUGCUGGAUGCCCAUAAUAGUGGUAAGAAACAUCGAAAGAAAGUGCAAGAUACCGAACAUUUUUCUGCCUUAACUUCACGCUCAGUUUAUGUUUCUGGAUUACCGCUCAAUACUUUCACUUCAAUAAAACAAGUCCGAGAACUUUUCUCGCGCUAUGGUGAAGUUGAACGAAUAUUUUUAGACUUGACUAAAGGAUCAUUUGCAAUUAUUGACUUUUUAGAUGAAUUAGCUGCGGAGAAAGCUCUCGAUGAUCAAAAAAUACUUGUUGGAGAACAUGUCGCUUCAAUUCGGAGGCGUCAAGUAAGUUUCAUUAAAACCAAACAAAAAUUAGAAAAAAUAGAUAAAAAACGAAUCAUAAAACAAUUGAGCAUGGUUAGUGGAUCUUUUAAUGAUCAAAUUAAUGAAUUGAUUCGCUUGUAUUAUAUCGGUGAUGAUCAGCUGGCUGAAAGAUUAAGUUUUGCCGAUUUGCUUUCGACUGCUCUAAACAAUUAUUUCUGUUCUGGUGUUAAAGUGAUUUUAUUUGGCUCAUCAAUCACUAAAAUCGGAACUGUAGAUUCUGAUAUAGAUGCAAGUUUAUUUUUUGAUCAACCGCUUUCAAUACAUGGUAUCCGCAGUGUUUAUGAACGCGAUAAAUUUGCAUUAAUGACUUGCGAACCAAGUGUUUUCCGAAUUAGAAAAAUUUGUGCCUCAGAAUUUGGAAGACUAGCUACUGCAGAUCGUGUACGAGUUCUUGCUAAAAUAUUAAAUGAUAUUCGACGUGAAGGUCUAGCACAAGUAAGUGAUCAACAUCUUGUACUUGGUGCACGCUGUCCUAUUGUUCGCUUUUUCUUCAAUAAGCAAGAAAAUUUUCGUCGAUUUAUCGACAUGAUUGCCUCUGAUUCUUCUUCCACUAUCCGUCAUUUUCUAGCUAUUGUUAAAUUUUGGGCAUUACUAAACGAUUUCACGCGCCAAGAAGAAUAUAGACAGUAUAACCUAGAAAAAGUUACAAUUGAAGAUUGGCCUAUUGAUUAUACAAUACAUCCGGUCAAUUUAUCUUACAUAUCGAUCAACACCCUCAUUAAGAGUCGUACUGUGAAAUAUUUCAUUAUACAUAUUUUUUAUUUACCUAUUCAUAAAUUGCAGGAUUUCUUCACAUGGUUUGUGCAUUUACAAUUUAGAGAUAUUGUUCUUUGUCCUCGGCUGGGCUUGUCGUUAAAUAGAGAAAAGUUUCAAAAUUUGUUUCACCAAAACACUAUUCAAGAAUUCAAAUUCGGCGUUCUCAAUAUCCAAGAUCCCUUAGAACUAUCGCACAAUAUAUCUCAAUUCGUUUCUACUCAUUAUAUUUCGAUGAUGCGAAGAGAAAUGAUGUAUGCAUUAGCCCGUAUCAAAUUGCAUCCAGAUAGCUUGGUUGCGUUAUUGAGUUCAGAUAUCAUGUCUCAGAAUUCUCAUACCAGUAACUUACGUUUUUUUUUGAAGUUUCUAAUGUUUCAAAGAAUUGGUGACUCUUUUUUCUUGAUUCUUUUUCCAAGCUCAACACUUUUUCCACUUAGAAAUUUAAAGAUGGCUAAUUAUUUUGGAUAUUUUAACUUGAUUUUUUGUUUAUUUUAUUGGCAUUUCGAAACAUAG